CUGAUCAUCAUCACAUAGUCGUUCAUUUAAUCUAAGAUCAGACGGUGGAAGAAUAGGAGACUCUGAUUUGAGCAAUGGAGGGCAAGGAAGAGGAUGUUAAGUUGGGAGCCAACAAGUACUCGGAGAGGCAGCCGAUAGGGACGGCGGCUCAGAUCCAAGAUGAAGGCAAGGACUACAAGGAGCCGCCGCCGGCUCCUCUGUUCGAGCCGGGCGAGCUGACCUCGUGGUCGUUUUACCGUGCUGGGAUUGCAGAGUUCGUGGCUACUUUCCUGUUUUUGUACAUCACUGUGUUGACGGUGAUGGGAGUGGUUAAGUCGAGCAGCAAGUGCUCGACGGUCGGGAUUCAAGGGAUCGCUUGGGCUUUUGGUGGCAUGAUCUUCGCUCUCGUGUACUGCACUGCUGGAAUUUCAGGGGGUCACAUAAACCCAGCUGUGACAUUUGGACUGUUUUUGGCUAGGAAGCUGUCCUUGAUGAGGGCAAUUUUCUACAUAGUGAUGCAGUGCCUUGGUGCUAUAUGUGGUGCUGGUGUAGUCAAAGGCUUCAUGGGUCACACCCGGUACGAUUUACUCAAUGGUGGUGCCAACUUUGUUGCUCCUGGUUACACCAAGGGCGAUGGACUUGGUGCAGAGAUUGUUGGCACCUUUGUUCUUGUCUACACUGUGUUCUCCGCAACCGAUGCUAAGCGCAGUGCUAGAGACUCUCAUGUUCCUAUUUUGGCACCAUUGCCAAUUGGGUUUGCGGUGUUCUUGGUACACUUGGCCACCAUCCCAAUUACCGGAACCGGUAUCAACCCUGCCAGGAGUCUUGGUGCAGCUAUCAUCUUCAACAAGGACCGUGGGUGGGAUGACCAUUGGAUUUUCUGGGUGGGUCCAUUCAUUGGUGCAGCCCUCGCCGCUCUGUACCACCAGGUUGUGAUCAGGGCAAUUCCCUUCAAGUCCAAGUGAGGAUGGAUGGAUGGAUGGAUUGAACCUCAUCUUUGUGGCUGUUGAUCAAAUCCGGAUUGUUCGACUGUCUUUUGUCUUGUUAGGUGUAUUUGUAUGUAACAAAGUGUGGGGUCGUAAGCAUAUACUUUGUUGCUGGCUUGAAGAGCCUUUUUUUCCUUUCUACUUUUUUGUUUAAAGGGAGGCUUGCUAGCUGAUGUGGGCUUAUUAUCCGAAGUUGGUAGGCUUUGUAUUUA